UAAUAAUAAUAAUAAUAAACCCCUACCCCACCAUCAUCGACGAGAACCCCUACCCCACCAUCAUCGACGAGAACCCCUACCCCACCAUCAUCGACGAGACCCCUACCCCACCAUCAUCGACGAGAACCCCUACCCCACCAUCAUCGACGAGAAGCAACCUCUGGGUGGGCGUCUUAAGACACAGUUCUCACCCCGGUUUCUUUCUUCUAUUCUCGCGAGACAGCGAUUACAUCAGCGCAAACGACUCCAAGGAGAAUCUAAAAAAGGGGGCGACAUGGACAGGAGUGAGUGUGGAGGAAGGGAUGCGGUCGGAGGUCGGCAUUGGGUUAGAAGAGCAACACAUAUGGAGUCCCAAGUUUGUAGGCACGGUGGACACGUGCACGUUGGAGAUGUGGCUUCACAUGCGAGCCAUGAACACGUCUCACGUUAAAGUCGUCGUUGAAACCUCUGCUCUUAACUCUUGGGUUGCCUUCGAGCGACCGGGAGACUCCAAUUCAAGAGAACGUCUUUUCUGAAGUGUGUCAACCAACCCAAUUCCAGUGUAAAAACAGAUCUUGCAUCAACGAAGUCUCUCUUUGUGAUAUCAAUAUAGAUUGCCCAGAUAGUGAUGAUGAAACUCAAGACUAUUGUGAAAAAACUCCUUCCUUUGCCAGAUGCUCAUUUGAAUCAGGAUGGUGUGGUUGGCACGCAACGCCUCAUGGUCAACUCUCUUGGAGAAAUAAUAGUGGACCAACUCCCACCCAACAUACCGGCCCCAGCGUUGAUCAUACUUAUAAAAACAGUUCUGGUGUUUACCUGUAUGUUGACAUGUCAAACCAGGACAAUAUCUUAGGAGCAAAAGCCAAUUUAGACAGCCCAGUUUUCAAUCCGCCCCCAUUUUAUCACAUUAAUGCAUCAUCGCUUCAUUACAAUUCUUGUCACAUCACUUUCUAUUUUCAUCAUUAUGGUCAUCAUGCUGGGUCAUUAAGUUUAAGCGUGGUUGUCAUCAAAGGCAAAGAAGAAUUAACAUCCACCCUGUUUUGGAGUUCUGGUGAUCAAGGUGAUUCCUGGCAUAGAGUUGUCGUUAUUCUGCCAAAUAUAACCAAUAGGAGUUACCGAGAAAGAUCUGAACGGCUACAACUAUGAAAAAGCAGGCUCUAUUAAAGGAUUGUUGAAAACUGAAAAUACACAUGAUGAUUUUGUGAACAAAACUUUUUAUGUGUUCUCAUCAUGCGGUGCUAAGGGGCGGUUUGGUCCUACAGCCUCUGGAUGCUCUGAAGCGUAUAACAAAACCAGUGUCAAAGUUGCAGUCAUGGAUACUGAGACAUUAAAAGGUGUUCAGAGGUGGACAGUUCCGGAAUCUGGAUUUUAUAC